CCCCAUGAGGUCACUGAGACAAGAGGUCUAUAAAAGACAUGGUUACAGAGAAGUCUGAAGGAUUUCAGUUGCAGAGCCUACACCAUGAAGAACACAUUUAUUCUGCUGUGGCUGUUACCAUACGUAAUUUAUGGCGCUAAGCUGACGAAAUCAAGAUCCCAGUUUGCUGCAAGUAAUGAUGAGAUCCAGAAACUGUCUGAACAGCUGUAUGCGGGUGACGUAAACAAGGCUGGCAGUGGCGACAUUACCCUGAACCUGCAGCACAAGGUAUCCAGUUCCCAGGCUGGCACAGGAACCGACUUUUCUAGCCAAAAGCUUUUCGACUACGUCAAUGAAGCCAAACUAUUCAUCCGUCCGACCUUCAAGAGACUCAUCGCCUUACUGGACAACUAUAUCAAGAACACAGGGACUGUGGAAUCUGUCACCAAUGGAGAGAUCCAAGAACAGAAUGCCUUUAUAGAUGAAAUAUUCCAAACUACUAUCAUGAAAAAUCUUUCCAGCUUCUUAAUCUCAAAAGGUUAUUACACAUCAGUUGAAGGCUUUGAGACUGACCUGCGGGAAAUGUGGUUUGGACUAUACACACGCUCAAAAGGUUCCUUGGACUCCUCAGGCUUUGAACAUGUCUUCAGUGGUGAAAUCCACAAAGGAAAGAUAUCUGGAUUCCAUAGCUGGGUGAAUCUCUACCUGAUGGAGAAGGCUGGUCAGAUUAACUAUCUCAGCUACAGUUCAGAUGGACCGUGGACCAGCUAUCCUGAUGUUUUCGCCUUCCAGUUUAAGUUGUCCACCUAUUUGAAAACUGUUGGCUCCUUCUUUAUUGGAUCCAGUCCUGAGUUUGAAAUUGCGAUGUACACACUUUGCUACGUCACUCGCCCAGGUAGUCUGUGCACUGUAAAAUUGGGUGGUUCUUCUCUCAAAAUCCAAACCUACAGUUGGGACAACUCAUCUUAUGGAAACGGCAAAAGAUAUUUAGCAUCUUCAUACCCCAACAUUUAGAGCAAGUGUUUUAAUCCUUGCAAACAGUUGCAUUUCAGCAAAAAAAAAACAAAAAAAAAAAAACACUUUUCAAAGGGGUUCACUGGGAUUUUCAGAUUUCCUCAGGAUAGGUCCAAGGAUAGUGUGAUUGGCGGGGUUCCAAUUCCUGGCACUCCGCUGAUCAACUGUUUGGUUAAACCAAGAGCUCCGGUGAUCGCCGUGGUCUCCUCGCAGCUAACCAA